AUGGACAACCACCUGGGAUGCCUCAGGUACGGCCCGGCCCGGCUGGGGCGCCCCCCGGGCCCAGCCGCGCUCCCGCCGCCCCGGCUCCCUUCCCUCAUCCGGCGCUCCGGGGAGCCACGCGUGGCUACCCGCGUGCCCAGGGGCAAGGCCAGCCGCUGGUUCGGGUUGUCCCGCAGUCCGAAGGCGGCCAAGGCCAGCGUGAACAUCCUGCAGCAGGAGGAGCUCAUCGCCCAGAAGAAGCGGGAGAUCGAGGCCCGGCUGGAGCAGCAGGCGAGGCAGAACUCCCUGAGCAUCCCCCAGCUCCCCCUGCUCGGAGACGAGGAUGGAUCCGAAGGCGACGCCUCCGUGUCCAACAAGUUCGUGAACGACGGGAGUUUCCUGCAGCAGUUCCUCAAGCUCCAGAAGGAAAAGUCAAAUGGACAGGACUACGAGCAGUGGCUGGAGAUCAAAGUUCUGCCCCCAGAGGACGUGGAGACCCGGGAGGUGGUGGAAAAGCUGGCCAGGUUCGUGGCUGAAGGGGGCCCCGAGCUAGAGAAGGUCGCUAUGGAGGACUACAAGGAUAAUCCGGCGUUUUCGUUUUUGCACGAUAAGAACAGCAGAGAAUUCCUUUACUACAGGAAGAAAGUGGCUGAGAUAAGAAAAGAGACUCAAAGCUCUCAGGCAUCCUCUUCCCAGAAAGUUUCACCCCCAGAGGACGAGGAGACGAGGAAUUCGGCGGAAAAGCUGGCCAAGUUUGUGGCAGCCGGGGGGCCCGAGGCGGAGGCAAUUGCCCUGCAGAACAACAGAGAGAACCCUGCUUUCAGGAGGAUCCCAGUGUUAAACCCUUCAAGUGUUAGACUGAUCCCACCAAAAGGGAGGAUUUUAGGGGACUUGGAAACAGGCAGGUUUCCCGUGUGGAGGAUUUGGGUUCAGGACCUGAAGGGCCUUGGCUACGAGAAGGGGAAGCCCGUGGGGCUGGUGGGGGUCACCGAGCUCUCCGAGGCCCAGAAGAAGCAGCUGAAGGAGCAGCAGGAGAUGCAGCAGAUGUACGACAUGAUCAUGAAGCACAAACGGGCCAUGCAGGAGAUGCAGCUGAUGUGGGAAAAGGCCAUCCAGCAGCACCAGCACGGCUACGACAGCGACGAGGAGGUGGACAGCGAGCUGGGCACCUGGGAGCACCAGCUGAGGCGCAUGGAGAUGGACAAGACACGAGAGUGGGCCGAGCAGCUGACCCAGAUGGGCAGAGGGAAACAUUUCAUCGGGGAUUUCCUCCCGCCCGACGAGCUGGAGAAGUUCAUGGAGACCUUCAAGGCGCUGAAGGAGGGCCGGGAGCCGGAUUACUCGGAGUACAAGGAGUUCAAGCUGACCGUGGAGAACAUCGGCUACCAGAUGCUCAUGAAGAUGGGCUGGAAGGAAGGAGAGGGGCUGGGAUCAGAGGGGCAGGGCAUCAAGAACCCUGUCAGCAAGGGAACCACGGCCGUGGAUGGGGCUGGAUUCGGGAUCGACCGCCCUGCGGAGCUCACCAAGGAGGACGACGAGUACGAGGCCUUCCGCAAGAGGAUGAUGUUGGCCUAUCGCUUCAGACCCAACCCCCUGAACAACCCACGGCGACCCUAUUACUGAGGAGGCUCCAGGGCCGGGGGCUGGGAGAGGAGUUUUGCUCCCUGACUGUGAAAUGUUGCGGAACCGCUUCGUCCCUCCCUCCUUUCCCGGUAUUGUCCCAACUCCCCGAGGCCACAGCACCUCCUCCAUCCCAGGGGAAAGGCCUGGGAGCCCUCCCAGGUGCCCCCAGGGGGGCAGGGACGGGGGUUUUCGGGGAGGGAACCUCCAAGGGCAGCACCAAAGAUCCCCCAGGGAGGAGUUCAGGGCA